AUGGCCUCUGCGACGUGCUCUUGUUGUUUCUUGGGGUUCUUGGAGUCUCUGGAGUGCGUUCUUGAGCGUUUCUUGGUUUCUUCUCGAGCAGUUCAACUCGUUGCGUGCGGAAGAGGAGAUGUACAGGAAGGAACAUCUGCUUCGUUUUUCUCACAGUGCCCGCCGUGCAAGCGGUUUGAGGAUGUGGUUGAGCGGCUCAAUUGUCGAUUUUCCAAGAAGCGUCUGGUCAAUGCCGCAGAGGUUGUUGUUGAAAAGCUGCUUGAGCAUGGAAAUGAUGCACAGAUGACAAGGCAGGCAGUGCGAGAUGCUGCCAGGGUUGAAAUCGGUGAUACUGGUCUCCUCGACUUUGUCAUCAAGUCUGUUGGUGACACCGUUGUUGGCAACCAUGUUGUCCGCCGUCUGCACAACACUGCGACGCGUGUGCUCGAGUUCAGCCUUGAGGAAUUGGAAGAGCCAGUGCAGAUGGAUGUUGAGGUACAGAACACCCGUCCUGCAGCACAGUGGCCGAGCGCAGUGGAUGUUGAGCGGGAUCUGCGUGUUGUCUACCGGGCAAUGGUGGAGGCGCUAAGUGAGGCAGCACAGGCCGUGCUGGACUGUAAGCACUGGGUCAAGUGCUGGGGCCUUGGGGAUGAGUCUGACGAUCAACUAAGGUUCCUCGUUGAGUGGCGACCGCAACCUUGGGAAGCUGCUGAGCUCACACGGCCACUGCCGUCAGGGGAGAUCAUUGUGGUGCCAUUCCAUACAUCGAUAGGCGAGCUUAUCAUCCAGGGAGAGCAUGCGCUGAGGGACACGUACUGCUUCUUCGAGGAGUUCCAGGCUGAGAUGCUCGACGGCAUUACUGGUGAGAAGUGGGAUCCGGUGGUGCUUGGUGGGGCAGAGUCUGGGGACACAAUCGGCGUGCAUGGCCACGGGGCAGACAUGGAGACCGGGCUACGAUGCCAGGGCGGGCUUGACACGUGGGAGGUGAGGUGCGUGUGUGGUGCGCAAGACGACGACGACGAGCGCAUGGUGGCAUGCGAUGCUUGCGAUGUAUGGCACCACACCCGGUGUGUCGGCAUCGCGGACAGCGAAGCGGUGCCGCCAUUGUUCCUGUGCAUACUCUGCGGCGGCGCGCUCCUAGCAGCCGGCCCGAUUCUAGAGGAGGCACUAACGCUAGCCAAGUGACCAUUAUUU